AUGGGCAUGCAUCUGAUUAAGAAAGCUUGGAUAUUUGUGCAUCCGCGCUUACUGAUCAACGCUUUCGUAAAUACUGGGUUGAAACCCACGUUGAAUCAGCCAAUGAUGCAGACACCAGAGGAUAAAUGCGAUCUGAUUGUAGACUUUACUCACUAUGUGUCUAUUGAUGAGCGUCUUUUUGAAGAAGAAAUCCCCUGUUUGAUGUGUGAUGAUGGAGAAUUGGGUGGUCUGCGUUAUUCUGAGCUAAUUCAAAAACACUUAAUCACGGCAAUGAUUCCGUUCUUACCGUUACAAGAGGAACACGUGAAAAAAUGUAUACUGGAUGUGACGCGACAGCGAGCUAUCCCGUACACUGAUGAUUUGGUCCAGUUUGUGCUGCAAGAAUUAGAAUGGGCACCAGAGGGUGCCCGUAUGUUUUCGGUUUCUGGGUGCAAACGGGUCUACGAGAAGGUCGGUCUGUAUUCGGAAAUGCGUUGA